AUGGAAGAAUUGAGUUUUUUCAAUGAGCGAGAGGCGGAAUGCUUUGAACGUGAAGACACACUGUCUUUAUCUGAUCUCGAAAAGCUUAAUGUUGACGAAAAUAUGCCGGAAAUGGAGCGUGUUGAAAAACUUUUGAAAACGGGAUUGGAUAAGCAGAAGAUCAGCAUUUUUAAUACAAUACCAAAGAUUCUAGCAAACAACAAUUCAAAGGAAAAUCUGAGUCUUCUUUUGAACUGUAUGAAGGAAGUUUGGCAAAAGUACGAAUCGGAGUUGAAUGCAAAUUCUGCGGUUUUAAGUGAGCUUUUUAGAGCACUCGCAAGCUUAUCUUGCACAACAGUCGAUGGAAAAGCAUUACGCUUUCCGAAGGUCACAUUUCACGAAGAAUAUGCACAGCAGCUGGAGGCGUGCUUGGAAGAAAAGAAAAAUGCAGUGUUUCUCCUGUCGGAGGAACAGGUUAUUAAGUUACUUGUUCCUUUUGCGCUCGACAUUAUUGCUGAAAUCCAGCAGAAGGAUCAGGCCGAGGAAGCAAGCUUGGCACUUGUUGCACUUUUACCACGUGUCGGUACUGCAAUAAAAAAAACGCAGAUUCUUCGAUUGGCCAUGGAGAAGGGAGACGUUUCACAGACUCCUGGAUCAAGGCUUAUUUGCUGUUUCGUUCUGGGUGCUGUUACUGCAUUGAAUCUGGUUGCAGCACCAGAUAUUGAAGGCCUUUAUUUUCAAAAGAUGAUGUCGUUAUGCCAAGACACCGAUGCUGAAGUUCGCAAAUGCAUGUGUAUUCAACUCGAUGGACUUGCACGGGCGAUAGGAGAAGAUUUCGCGCGUAAGGAGCUACUUUCAGAGCUUUUGGAGCUGCUAAAAGACGAAGAGGAGCAGGUCAAGCAGGCUGCAUUUAUGACCUUGCUGUCACUUGUUGACUUCUUCUCACCCCGUGAUUGCAUCAAGCAAAUUAUUCCGGAACUGAUCUGUAUAGCUGAGUCGAUUCCUGCCUACCUUGUCCCGUGUCUAGCUGAGCGAUAUGGUCAACUUGUUACUAGACUUUGUUAUCACGAAGAAUUCGAAACACGUCAAUUUUGCGCGUAUAAUUUCCCAGCCAUUGUCAAAGUUUUUGGGUCGGCAUAUGCAUCAAUGUUGAUGGACGACCUUCUACUUAGGCUGGCUAGCGAUUCAAGUGAUGAAGUUCGACAGCAUAUAGCCGCCGGGAUGCAUGAAGUUGCUGUGCUUAUAGGGCAGCAACAAGCAAUGCGGUACCUUAAGGAAUCUGCGCUCAAUCUGAUCAAUGAUAAUUCGCCCAUUGUCCAAGGAAUGGCAAUUUCGAAGUUACCAUCACUGCUGUCUGCUAUGAUCGACCCUGGGGAUGAGGAGCAGAAGACACUAAUCAUGGAGUUGGUGAUCAAAUCAGUCAUCGAGUACCAUGCCAUUCUCCCGUCAAGUCGAAAUCGAGAGCAGCUCGUAUUGCUUGAAACGCUGCAGAAUUUUCGGCCCUGGAUCUCUGCCACGCAAUCGUAUGAAAUGGUAGUCCCGAUCAUUUUGGCUUUGCUCGAAAAUGGCGCUCGUCCAGUUCAAGUGCUUGCUCUGAAAGUCCUCCUAAAAUAUAUUCGGAAUGACAACAAUGUCAGUCAUCGAACAUCCUUGCUCAGCAGACUUCGGACCGAAUAUGUCGACUUUAUUGUCAGCGCAAUUUUUUCGAGUUAUCUACCGGACCGAAAAUUUGUCGAUCGGAUUGGACAAUUCUUGGACGAAUCAAAGACUGACCGUGAUCGCGAUGUUGCGAAUACACUUCAGGAAAUUCGUCAAGCUGUCGAGGCAAACAAUUGUGGACACAAACGACGACUGCAAGACGAUAUAGACGAUAAGCGAAAGUUAAGUGAAGAGGAAUUAUUGGGGCUUAUGAAGGACCACGAAGAAUCAUUGGUAGACUCGAGAUGGUCUACCAUGCUUGAGUACACCUUGUUCGUAGGAACGGACGGCCAAGUAAAUCGACGAGCUCGCGUUAAGUCAUUCGAUUUAGUAAAUAAAUUUGUGAAGCUACCCGGAAAGGAUACGGGACGCAAUGCAAUGAAUGUCAAUGGGAACAUUGGAGGUGUGUAUAACAUUGGCUCUAAGCCUGAUCCGACUAAAAUAAAAGCGUCCAGUGCUAAAGCGCUAAACAAAGCUGCGCCGUCAGCUACGACACUUCCAAAUUGUGCUUCAGCUCGAGCGGGUCUUGCGAAGAUGCCACUAGCAGCCAAGGUCACAAAUUUAGGGAGGUCAAUAACAGUCGGGACCAGAAGUAAUACCGGCCUCAUCCGCGCAGGAGUAGGCUUAUCGAAAGACACUGGAGGAAUCACUAAGAUACCAAUUAUUAGACCUUCGGCGCCUGCCAAGCGUGAAGCGAGUCCAUCGACUAGUUUGAAGCCCACGAGUGCCACAAUGGUACCAACAUCGGGGCUUUCGAGUAGAUCAGGUUCAAUAGACUGUGGAGUGGGGCCUACAAAACCGCAAAAAAACGUUGAUGACAUGCGGGAAGGCUCAAUGUUUUGGCUGGGCUUUUCAGGCAAUUCUUCUCUACCAAAAUAG